AUGGACCCCUCAGAGCGACAGGGCUCGUCCAGGCUCCAUCAGACCUCUGGAGACUCUGCAUCUCCUACAGAUAGCCGCACGCCACUGGCCAGGGCUUCCUCCUCUGCAGCUGCGGCUGACGAUGAUAACGGCCUGUCCGAGAGCUUCCAGUCAACAGACACCAUUCGUCGCCGGCCAGAGGGAUAUGGUUCGAUCCAGCGCAGCGGCGGCGCCUCCACUGGGCCUGCGACACCUGCCGACAUUGUCCAGGACCGAGCUCGAUCACGAGGUCCGUCCACCCAAUCUCCUCAACGAAACCCCCAUCGAAGCAAGUCCUACACCCGCCUACGCAAGCCAGUUCUGAGUCGCAAGAUGUCGUCCACGACCCCCCACCGGGGCGAGGUCUUCUCCGUUGACGACGAGCCCUCCGAGGUCGAGGCAGACGCCGCCGUGCUUCAGCGAGAGGUCACGCAAUCCUACGGCACCCGACGGCGGUCCCAGGCAACGGGGGCUCUCAACCGAACCCAGUCCUAUUCAGACCUCGCUGAAGACAACGAGGAGGUCGCUUCGCAGCAUUCUGAAGUCACACCCGAAGAUGCUGGUGAUGAGGACGAGGAAGAGUUACCUCUCGAAGAACACUUGGACUGUGACUCGGAUAGCGACAUAAGCGAGGCUGAGAGCUUCACGCUAAAGGACCGUCAGCAGGCCAUCAAUCAGACCCAUCCCUUCGGUAUCAGGGUCUGGAAGCCUGCUCUGUACAAGAAGGAUCGUUCCAUUCAAAAGUCGGCUCAGGCCGAUAUCCAUUCCUCGCCUGGAGGUCACGUUAGCAAUUGGCUGCUACUCUUCAACCUCGUGUGGACCUUGGUAUUUGGUUGGUGGCUAGCAUCGUUUGCUGCGCUGGGCGCUAUAAUAUGUCUGCUUGUGUCCGCGGCUCCUAGUGGAAGAGAGUAUGGCAGGGUACUCUGGGGACUGGCGGGAUACCUCUUCUAUCCAUUCGGCAAGUUUGUCCGGUUGGAGAGAGACGAGGCCUACAUACAUGAGGACCAGAACGAAGGCCGCUCCAUCUCGGAAUACGAGCAGUGGCAGCAGGGAGAUCUCGAGUACGGUCGUCUCUUUUUUGGUCCUGACAGAAACAGGUCGAUCGUCGGUCGGUCCAGGCGAAGCAUCGACUCAGAAGCCAGCGAGACGCAGAGUUUACUGGGCCGUCGUCGACGAGGCGAGUCUGGCGAUUCUGGUGAUUCCUCCGAGAUACCGCUGAGAUCGAAGAGACGACUGUUUGGCCGUGGCGAGUGGAACAUUGGUCGUGUCAUCUUCUUCGUUUUCUUCUACUGCCUCAUCUCGCCCUCUUUGCUGCUAGUAUCCGGCAUCUGCUGGUUCCUCGUCUUCUGGAUCCCCAUGGGCAAGGUCACCGUGCUUCUCUUCAGCCACUUGAGACGCCACCCGCUCGCCCUGACCUUUGAACCCGAUAUCAACUACACACGGCUCGACGCACCAGACUCGUCCAUUCUGCUGUGCACCUAUCGCGCUGUAGGCUCCAAGUAUUGGAAGUACACUAUCGACGGUACCAACAUCUUCCUCAUCAAUCUCAUGGCGGUGGUUUGCUUUGUCAUCUUCGACUGGCUUGUCCUGGAAGGUGUUUUGCAUAUUGACACCUUUAUCACCUCCCCCGCCUUCCUCUUCACUGCCGGUCUAUUAUCCAUUAUUCCAUUGGCCUAUUUCAUCGGUCAGGCCGUCGCUUCCAUCUCAGCACAGUCUUCUAUGGGACUUGGUGCUGCCAUCAAUGCGUUGUUCGCGACAGUCGUUGAAGUGUUCCUUUACUGCGUAGCCCUCAACCAAGGUAAGGGACCGCUUGUUGAAGGAAGUAUCGUUGGCAGCAUUUUUGCUGGUAUCUUGUUCCUGCCCGGAAUCUCCAUGUGCUUUGGUGCGCUCAAGCGGAAGACGCAGCGCUUCAACGCCAAAUCGGCCGGUGUAACGUCAACCAUGCUGUUGUUUGCGGUCGUCGGUGCAUUUGGCCCUACUCUAUUCUACCAAAUCUACGGAACCCAUGAACUCAACUGCCUCGAUUGCCAGGAUUACGAUAAUGUUAUUGGCGAGGGUGGAAGUUCCCGUGAUUGCCGUCGGUGUUACUUUUCUCAGGCCCCCGCGCUCAACGACCGCUUCUACCUCGAGGCCGUCAGGCCGUACUGCUACAUGGCUGCGGCUAUGCUGUUCUUCUCGUAUCUGAUCGGCUUGUGGUUCACCCUCCGAACCCACGCCGCCGUCAUCUGGAACGCAGAGGUUGAUGAGAAGCGGAACGAGGACCACAUGCAGGCAUCCUUGACACGAUCUUCACAGCAGGCGACUCUGGGAGAGAGCACGGGCGCAGACAUCCGUGACUCUCAACUGUACAAACGCAUCCUGGGUCAUUCUUUGAAGCAGGCCGGUCUGCAGCCACGCUCUGAGGAAAUAUCUCGCCAAGCAUCCACCGUCACCCAAGCCACCGGUGCUAAUGGGUCACCGACUACGCCUCACGUCGUACCGCCCAAGGCCAGCGGGAGCGAGACUGGCAAGACCAAGAUCAGAGUCCCUGGCUUGAGCGAGGCUGACAAUCAUCUCCUCGUCCGUGAAGUGGCCGAAAUUGCCGCCACAGCAGCUACCAUGGCUCAACGCGAACGCCUGCCCAGGAAAACAUCGUCCGCGCCUCAUCAUUCUGCCAGUCAUCCUCAACAGGGAGCAGCCCGAGCCGGCGCAUUCCCUGACGAGGAAGAACUGGCAGCCGCUGAGACCGCAACUGCACAUGCUGGUGGCCACGGCCAUGAUGCACCCAAUUGGAGCCGGACCAAGAGUACAGUCAUCCUUCUCGGAGCUACCGUUCUCUAUGCCAUCAUUGCGGAGAUCUUGGUCGAUACUGUAGAUGUUGUUUUGGAGAGCUUCUCUAUUGAUCAAAAGUUCCUCGGUAUUACACUCUUUGCUCUGGUUCCCAACACGACCGAAUUUUUGAAUGCCAUUUCAUUCGCCAUGAACGGCAACAUUGCCUUGUCCAUGGAAAUCGGUUCUGCAUAUGCCCUCCAGGUCUGCCUUUUGCAGAUUCCUUGCCUGGUUCUCUUCUCGGCAGUUUAUGCAAACGUUCCAGCAGGCGCAGACGCGGCGCAGUAUACAUUCUCACUUCUGUUCCCUCAGUGGGACAUGGUGACUGUUAUUCUGUGUGUCUUCCUGCUCAGCUAUGUCUAUGGCGAAGGGAAGAGCAACUACUUCAAGGGAAGCAUCCUCGUUCUUACUUACCUUGUCGUGCUCAUCGGAUACUACUUCAGCGGAUACACAUCCGAUGCGAUGGGAGCACAAAGAUUCGACAUUAUGGGAGCCGAUGGCCAGUAUCGAAAUUUCAAGACCAUUGGGAGGUCGACCUCGGGGAUGGCGUUUUAA